AUGUUGAAGGCGAGAAGUGUGCAGUCGAUUUGUGCACCAUGUCGUCUCAACAUUGCUAUUUCGCGUGCGCGUAAUGCACGAUUACCAGCACAGGCACAACUCGCCUCGCCGCACCUUCGAUCGACUGCCUUGAGCAUAUCAGCCGCGAGAAGAGAUUUCUCUACAACUCCCUUACGAAGACAAACAAGCCAGGAGAAUGUGACAAUUUCUGAGGAUGCACCACCCACGUCAGCCGAAGGUCUGACUCAUGAAGUCAACGCACGCAGAGCGAGACAACGAUUUGGCGACUCACUCCCAAGGGACCACUUGACUGAGGAGGAAUAUGUGGUCUAUCAGAGACUUUAUGGGACUCCGCUGUUUGUGGAAACUGUGGAAGAGCUCGAGGAGCCUGACGCCAUUGCUGAAGAAGACAUCAUUGAGGAAGAAUUGCCUGAUGGAACCACAGUUCUCUUGAGGAGGGGCAAGGAUGGAGAACUAGAGGAGGUUGAGAUCGACGACGAAUUUGAGGAAACCGAAGCGAAUGAGGAGGUUGAUGAAGAACAGAAGACGAGGACACCCGAAGAAUGGGAGGCAUACAGGGAAGAAAAAUUGAAAGCAUAUCACGACGAGGUCUACGAAAGGAGUCAAAUGCAAAAAGAAGAAGCGGAGGAGUGGGAGGAUAUCGAUGAAGCACAAGAGGAGGACGACUUUGUGCGCGCCCAUCCAUUGACCAUCGCAGGUCGCUUCAAGCCAUCUCCUUCGACGGUGUUCCUUCCUAAAGAAGCCCUCGUAGACCCAACAGCGCUCCUCCUAACGCGCGCGAACCACAAACACUUAGCGGAGUCUGCCAAUCGCAUAUUCGGUGGAUCAGGUCUUCCACAGUCUUCGAGCACGCCGCCAGCGCGUUUGGGCAAGCCACAGAAGCCAAUACCACUUGACCCUUCGCAAAAUGACAUGGGACACAUCGAAGCAGACGUAUACAUGGCAGCUGUACAACCAGGCACAUAUGCUAGUGUGAUGAGCGCCUUGGUCGAGGUACGGCGCCGACUGGGGUCUUCGUGGCUGGAGCACAUGUUGCAUGCCAGGAAGGGUGGCACAAUCCUCGACGCUGGAUCUGGAGGCGUGGGUGUUCUUGCAUGGCAUGAGAUGCUGCAAGCAGAAUGGCAGCGCAUGCAUGAAGACUCGGGUAAUACAUCGCAUGGCUCUGCCCCACUCGGGAAAGCCACUGUUCUGGCAGCUUCAGACACUCUCCGACAUCGUGCGAGUCGCUUGCUCGAUAACACCACGUUCAUUCCACGGCUACCGGAAACAGUGACCGCGCACGAUGCAGCGAAUACCCAGCAGCCACGAAAGUACUAUGAUAUGAUUCUCGCGCCGCAUACCCUUUGGCCUCUCAGACAAGAGUACCUUCGCAAAGAGCAGGUCGAAAAGUACUGGUCCCUUCUAAAUCCCAAAGGUGGUGUUCUCAUACUCAUCGAGAAGGGCCUCCCAAGGGGCUUUGAAGUUGUAGCUGGUGCCCGUGCCUUUCUUCUCAACAAGCACAUUUCUUCGCCCAAUUCAGAAUCACUUGAAGCAUCAGUAGACUCCCAAGUCUCGAAACCUGAGGAAGACACGAGAUUCACGGAGAAGGAGACCGGAAUGAUUAUCGCACCCUGCACAAAUCACAGUACCUGUCCAAUGUACCAGAACACUGGCAUCAGCCAUGGCAGGAAAGACUUUUGUUUCUUCAAUCAACGCUACAUACGGCCUCCCUACCUCCAACGCAUCCUCAACGCUAAAGACAGGAACCACGAAGACGUCCAAUUCAGCUAUCUAGCCGUGCAACGCGGCCGCGACCAACGCCAACCCCUCCACGACAUCAUCGGAAAAGGUUUCUCGCAGUCCGAAGCCACCACCGCCGCGGCUUUCGAAGGCCAUGAAUGGACCACCAACCCCACCACCAACGAUCCGGCUCUCGACACCGAAGAACCCACACCAACAUCCCCCAACGAUGUAAACCCCCUCACACUCCCCCGCCUCAUCCUACCAGCACUCAAACGCCGCGGCCACAUCAUCCUCGACGUUUGCACCCCCGCCGGCACCCUCGAGCGCUGGACCGUGCCCCGCUCCUUCUCCAAACAGGCAUUCCGCGACGCCCGCAAGGCCCGCUGGGGCGAUUUGUGGGCACUUGGCGCAAAGACGCGCAUCCCGCGCAACGUGCGACUCGGCCGUCCCAACGACGAGUUUGACAAGAAGGGUCGCAAGGUCAAGAAGGCGAAGCAGGUUACUAUUGAACUGGGAAUUGGGGAGAAAGAUGGACAGGUUGUUGAGGAAGGCGAGGCCAGGCUGUUGGGUAAAGGCGGGAGAAUGUUGGUGGGGGAUCGCGAUGGGAGGUAUACUAGUGAUCGGAGGAUUAGGGGGAGUGGGGGCAGGAAGGGGAGGAAGAAGAGGCUUGAUCGGGACUAUUUGGAGGAUAUGGAUUGA